AGAAUGCAUUGAGUUUCAGUCAACUGUGGUCCAACAAGCGCGUGAAAGGGGCGGCGCGCUCUGAGUCUGCCCGUCGUUCCCGUCGACCGCCAUCCUUGUCGACUUUGUCUGCCCAACUCUGCUGCCGCCUCGUCACCGCAGACGGCCGGCACACACACGAUGGCGCCUCGCUCGUCCUCCAAGACUAGCGGUCGUGGUUUCCAGCCUGCUUACGACGCAGCGACAUACCGCGAUCUCCUGCUCUUCGAGGAGCGCCUCAAGACGAACGCCGCUUCCCUCAACCGCAGAAAGCAUCGCUACCAGCUGUUCCUCGCACAGUUGCUUGUCAUCAUUACCUUCCUCGCGAGCGAAGUCUUACUCCAAACCAACGUCCUGUCAAUCCCCUACGCGGUGCUCCUCCGCGCGGCGUUCUCGGAUCUUUAUACGGAGCGUACAGACAUCAGCAUUCACCCGUACUUCACUACGGGUCUGUUGUUUGUCAGUGUGACGACUCUGGUGCUCUUUUUCGCCUCCGGGAUGUAUAGCGAGAAGAUCGGAUAUCCAAACCGGUAUGUGCCGCAUGCGAACCGCGCCCUCCGAAGUUUCAACAUGUACUUGAACGUCCGCCAGCCUCCACUCCGUUCCAAACUGCCUGCCUUUCUCAACCCCUUUACUCUGCUCUUUCCUCGACCAACGCCGGCAUCGGUCGCUCCUGCCGCUCCGCCUCGCCGCCGCUCCCCUUCGCCCCCUUCUAGCCGCACCAAACGCAGCUCCUCCGUCCCGAUUCCGCCCAUCCCACCGGCCUCCAAUCCGCGUGGUGAGCUUAUAUUCUCAUCCCGCGUCGAUCGGGGUUUCCGCGAGAGCUACGAGCGUUAUCGAGCAGUCUUCGAGCGGCGGCGAGAAGAGCGCGAACGUAUGGAACGAGACAAGACGUGGACAGGUUGGAUACUCUCCAGAUUGCCUUGGGCAAGGCUACCACCGAUCUCUCCUGCUAUCCCUUCCGUAAGCAAUGGGGGUUCUAGGCUGCGGACGGAGAGUGGGCAGAGCGACCGUGGAGAAGACAGCUUGCCUUCCUCCAGGAGGGUGAGUGUACAAGGAUCUCUAUCUGUUUUGGCACAGCCAAAGCAGGCCGGACAGAUACAUCCUUUGGCAUCUGUGGCCAUACCAAGUGAUGGGCGUGGGCUUGAAGAUACACCUUAGGUAUAGAUG